AUGCGCGCCAACCGGAAAGUAAUCUCGCGCGCCGGGGUCGGGAGUCAGCGAAAGCCGCCGCGGAGGCUUCUCCCAGGUGCAGCGUGUGAGGCGACCGGGGACCGAGACUUCACGCAGGAACCAGUACCGAAGCCGCUCUUGGGACGGCCAAUGAGAGCCGCAGGCCGCGAGGAUUCUGGGAACUGUAGUUCUGGCGGAGUUGCGCGGCCGGUGACUGCACGGAGCGAGCGAGGCUCUCACGGGUCCUUGAGCCCCGAGCGUCUUUUCCCCGCGACUGGCCCUGUGGCAGAAUUUCAGGGCAGUCAUUGGACUGACUCUGGGGCCAUUACGUUGCCUGAUCCUUCAGCCCGCAGAGAGCGGGACUGGGAGAAGAUUUUGGCUGCAAAGAACAGGGAAGAUACGGAGAACAUGAAGAAAUUGACUCCAAAACAUGAGGCUAAAGGUUUGUCUUCUAAGGAUACUGACUGGCCCCAAGAGAAGAGGAAGCCCACAAUGCUGGAACCAGUUACAUUCGAGGAUGUCACUGUGGUCUUCACGGAGGCAGAAUGGAAGAGACUGAGCUCUGAGCAGAAGCACCUAUACAAAGAAGUGAUGCUGGAGAUUUACAGGAAUCUGCUCUCAUUGGGUGAGGAUGUGCUCUUUUCUUUUCCUUCAUUAAUUCAGUAGGUAUGUGUUGGGCAGCUAUUAUGUGUCAAAGGAGCCCUGG